AUGCCGAGUGUUGUAGGGGAGGUCGCUGGGCAAGCGUUGCUGGGGCAUCAUCGCCUAUCGGUUCGACGCAAAAGACCCUUGGCCCUGAGGGCGACUUACGUCCUGGUGGACGCCGCCCGGGCCGAAGGGCUCUUCACGCGAGCAUUGAGCAAGUCCAAGGCGCUGGCCAAGGCGACCAGCGAAGCUCCCAUCCGGAGCCACGCGCUGAAUCUGCGAUGCCAGGGUCAGCUCGGAAACUUGCACAUCUGCGUCGGGAACUACGUAGAGGCGGGCAUCGUCUUGUCGUCAGCUUUCGAGAAAUCUGAGGCUCGAUGGGCCCUCAAACAUCCGAUAUCAAUGCGACUGCAGGCCGGCCUCGCCCUCGCCCAGCACCACCUGGGGAACACAGCCUCGGCCAGAAGAAACAUCCUUACAGCGGUGGGAAAUCAGCUUUAUGUCUACCUCGAUAUUCAAAUCGACGAGUGCACCCUGAAGGAGGCAACGUGGAAGCAGUAUUUCAAGGAUGUCAUAAUACAGAAGUGCCAAACGGCAUCGCCACGCCGGAUGGUCCACCCAGAUAUCCUGGAUUCCUUAUUGACUCUCGGAAAGGUGGAGACCGGCGAUCAAGACUCGGACAAAGACCUCGUCCUCAGUGUCUUCUCUAUGGUACAUCGGCAUAGCAGAGAAAAGCUCGCCAGGACUCACGAGCUGACGCUGGAUGCUGCUCUUGCACUUGGGAACGCCUUGUGCUCACUCCCACAGGAGACAAGACUGCAGCUCUGGGCCAGAUACGGCGAGCCGAGCGAGCAUUACAGAUCGGUCGCCACGGUCGGCACUGGUGUCGAGAUAGCAGGCUCCGAAUCAUCCUCGGACGACGGGAGAGCGGUCGUUGAUGAAGCAAAGGUUGACAAAGGGAAAGCCGAUGGAGAGCAAGCCGACGAAGGGGACAUCGAAGUCUCCCAUGCUCGUGCCAGGGUCGACAUGAGCCCGCGUGACUCUCACUUGCGGAUCAACCACCCCACGAUCCUCCGCGCGCACCAGGCGGCUGUCACGGCCAACGCUCUCGACGUCUAUCGCGUCGAUGACGACCCAGUUGGGCACGUGAAUGGCUCCAAAGCCAUCCUUGUUCACAUCCUUCACGAACAAGAGGGACGCCCGGGCCCAAACCACCCAGACACCCUCAGGACCAUGCUUGCCCUCCUGGCGAUGCAGAUUGUCUCCAACGAGAGCCGCGACGCCGCCGUCGCCACCUUAAAAGACCUCCUCCGGCGGCUGCACGUGGAUGAUGUCCGAAAACAGAGACUGGUCGAGUGCCUGUUUCUGCAGGACCGGGUGGCGCAGCUGCUGCUUAUAAACCCCGGGUGGUUCAGAGGGGAGGCCGAGGAGCUGAUCGAGGCUCUGUGGGAGUCAGUGGAACAGAUCGAGAGCGAGGACGAGGACUUGUGGAGGACCGUGAAGGCGCUGCGGAAGCGAUGCGAUGACGGGCUUCAAAUCUUGAAAGAACAUGAUCUCAGCAGUGCUAUGCAAAGUGAAGAGGUCACCUAUGAGGAUAGGUGUGAGUAG